CUUAUAGCAUAAUUGAACCUUUAAAUUCCCUACUCCACAGCUAUAAAAGGGUUGCAAUGUGCUUUGGAAUUAAAUGCAGAUCCCAAUUACAUAACCAUCUCUUCCCUUCUCUAUCUUUUUGGCUACCUAUCUAGCUACCACCCAACACACAUUAAUACCAUCAAUACUUCCCUCUUUGUUUUCUUCUUUUCCUUUUGGUACAAUAUCCACUUUAGUUUCUCUUUUUUUUCAUAAAAGUAAAGAAAAACAAUACAAACCAAUCCAAAAAAAAAAUGGCACUCCCACAAACAUAUGAAGAAGCUAAAACUGUCCCAGAUGCCUGGGAUUCCAAAGGCCGUCAAGCCCAACGAUCCACCACCGGUGGCUGGGGCAGCGCCGCCAUGAUUCUAGGGGUUGAGGCUUGUGAGAGGCUCACAACUCUUGGAAUUGCGGUGAAUCUGGUGACGUACGUGACCGGAACAAUGCACUUGGGAAAUGCUACCGCUGCUAACACCACCACUAAUUUCCUCGGAACUUCCUUCAUGUUGUGUUUGCUCGGUGGCUUCAUUGCUGAUACUUACCUUGGAAGGUAUCUCACCAUUGCCAUUUUCGCACUUAUUCAAGCAACGGGAGUCACUAUCUUAACACUCUCAACCAUAAUUCCGGGAUUGAGGCCACCAAAAUGUGCUCCGGGAAGCAGUUCAUGCAUCCCGGCGAACGAAAAACAACUCAUGGUCCUCUACCUCGCACUCUACCUCACCGCCCUCGGCACCGGCGGCCUGAAAUCGAGCGUUUCCGGCUUCGGAUCCGACCAAUUCGACGACAACGACCAGAAGGAAAGAACCCGGAUGAUCAAAUUCUUCAGCUGGUUCUUCUUCUUCAUAAGCGUGGGUUCACUUCUGGCCGUAACGGUUAUGGUGUACAUUCAAGAAAACGUUGGGAGAAGAUGGGGAUAUGGGAUUUGUGCAUUUGCGAUUGUGGUUUGUUGGCUUGUUUUCCUUUGUGGCACGAAGCGUUACAGGUUUAAGAAACUUGUCGGAAGCCCGUUAACUCAAAUUGCUUCGGUUUUUGUGGCUGCUUGGAAGAAGCGGAAUCUGGAAUUGCCUUCAGAUUCUUCACUCUUGUUUGAUAUUGAUGAUAUUCCUGUUGAUCAAGGAUCUAAGAAGAAGAUCAAGCAAAGGUUGCCCCACAGCAAAGAAUACCGGUUCUUGGAUAGGGCCUCAAUCAAGGACCCAAAUAUGCCAACUGGUCUCAACGUGACCAACAAGUGGUACCUUUCAACUUUAACUGAUGUUGAGGAAGUCAAACUCGUGAUCCGGAUGCUUCCCAUUUGGGCCACUACCAUCAUGUUCUGGACUAUCCAUGCCCAGAUGACCACCCUCUCCGUAGCCCAAGCCUCUCGGCUUCACCGGAAAAUCAACUCCUUCGAGAUUCCGGCUGCUGCGAUGACCGGGUUCUUUGUGGGUAGCACCCUACUAGCCGUUGCAUUCUACGACCAGGUCAUGUUCCCCAUAUGCAAGAAACUAUUCAAAAAGCCUCAUGGGCUUAGCCCACUCCAAAGGAUUGCGAUUGGGCUCACCUUAUCAAUAAUAGCAAUGGCCGUGGCAGCCGGGGUGGAGAUAUGGCGCUUGCGAGUUUCACGCCUUCAUGGCUUAACGUACAAUGGCGUGGAUCCAACCCCAAUGAGCGUGUUUUGGUUAGUUCCACAGUUUGCGAUCGUGGGCGCCGGCGAGGCGUUUAUCUAUGUCGGACAGCUCGAUUUCUUCCUCAGGGAAUGCCCGAAAGGCAUGAAAACGAUGAGCACGGGUUUGUUCCUGAGCACGCUUUCGUUAGGGUUUUUCUUCAGCUCGGUUUUGGUCACUAUAGUGCAUAAGGUGACGGGGCAGAAGAAGCCGUGGAUAGCCGAUAACCUAAACCAAGGGAAGCUAGACCACUUCUAUUGGCUCUUGGCGAUCUUGAGCGCAUUGAACUUCUUGGCUUUCCUCAUGUGUGCUAAAGGGUAUGUUUACAAGGAGAAACGCCUUGCUGAGCAAGGGAUCGAGUUGGAAGAAUCCGCGGAACCCGCUUUCCAUUAAUAAAAUAUAGAAGUUAUAUAAUAUAAGCGGAAAAAAAAAAAGGAAGAGAAACUGUUUGUUUCGUGUUUCUCUUAUUUUCUUUUUCUUUUUUUUUGUGCUUUUUUUUAACUGUAAUUGUAUAAAUAGCUGAUGUGCUUAUGAAUGUGAGGAAAUGAAUGGAAAAAGGUCUUCUUCCUUCAUGCUUUACUACCCUUUCUUCUACUUUCUUC